CACUUCUUGCAAAUAAAUUAUCAGUUGGUUUUUCCUGUUUUUUUUUUCUUGCAAAAGUGAUUGAUUUGAAAGAAGGUCUUGAUGUUUUCAUGUUGUCACAGUAAGCUUUAAAUCAUACGUAAAUCAGGGUUGUCAGCAACGUCUUGACCUUUGCACCUCAUUCAUUACUUGCUAAUUAUUUCUUUAGUAGGCAAGUAUUCAGAUUAAAUAAAAUCAUUUCAAUCUCAUACUGGAUGGUUUCACCACUUACUCAGACUUGCACUAUUGAUAAGACUAGCGGGCUUCAUGUGAGUGAGUGUUCAUGUCUGUCAGUGUGACUGAGUCAGCCCUGAGUCACUUCGUCAGUCCACCCAGUUUCAAAGCUGCCCAAACUAAGACAUCCGGCCUGUCUACCCAGUGGUUCAUUAUUCAAGGCUUAGUUGGCUUGUCAAUGGCAUUUGCCACCUACUCCCUCCCUCCUACUCGCAGUUGAUCUCUCUUUCUCCUCCCACUUUCUCUCGCAGACAAACUUUAUUUUACGUUCUUACUGGCUUACGUACACCCUCUCUCUCCCUCCUUUUAUUUUUUUUUUUUAUAAAUACUCUUUCCUGCCGUCCUCUUUAUCAUUACUACUUCCUUUGGGGCAAUGGGAGGGCCAAGAGAGGGAAAACAUAAGAUAGAAAAAUGACUCCACCACAUCAAGUUCAGUUUGCUCUUGUGCAGGAAGUAUCUUAACUCAAGCCAGCCUAUGAGUUGAAGCAACUCUUAUCUUGUUCUCAGAAUGUGACUAAAGAUCAUUUCAGUGCUGUCUGUCAUGUUGUGGUCUUCCAUUUAUUAUUAAUAUUUUUUUUGUUGUUGUUGUACUAACCACACAGUGAUGGAAAUAAUUUUUUUAGCUCUCUAUUUUAGUGAAACUGAUCUUUAUAUGGAACUAGGCUGCUCUUCACUUACGCGGUGCUGUGCUGCUGUGAGUGAAAGCAGCCAUUCAAAGUCACUUUUCAGUUGUUCAGCCUCUUAUGUGUGUUUCACAGUCAGUAUAAAGUAAGUGUGACAUGCUAAAGCAAAAUGGGCAGUAGUUGCACCCACAAAAUGAGUAAGAAACAAGUAUUGGAUUCCAUUCAGUAAAUUAAACAUUAUUGUUUAAUCUAAUGAUCAGGUAGUUAUUAUUGUCAAGCAGCAGUUAUAUAACUGUUAUUAAAAUUAGUUCUACACAUUGGUUAUUGGACACAUUAAGAUAAUGUGUUUUGGAUAUGAAAUUUGGUAUCAUUGUAUUGCCUUGUUGGGACUUUCCAUGGACAGCCUCACUUUUAAAUCACCACUAGGUAAAAACAAAGUGAAGUGCAAUCAUGUAUAUGUGCAGACCUGAAGUGAUGCAACACAGCAUACUCUACAGCAAUGCUGCCUCUUCUAUGGACCCAUUCGUGUUCUCCCACUUUGAUGGUCAUCUCCGUAGUUGUGCUUAUUGUCUUUGAGCUGCAGACUCUGUGUGCCACUCAAGCGCCAGCCUCUCAUCCACCGCUGUUGCCAUGGCAAGCAGACCACAGAGGCCAGAAGGGCCCAAUUUAAAUCAUGCCUUGCUGUUUUAAAGCUGCGAGACUUUAUAGUGACCAAGUCAAAUUUGAAGUUGUUCAGCUUGCCUUCUUGAAAAAAGAAACUGCUUUAUAAAGCAUAUGUGAAUGCAGGCAUCAGUCAGUCACCUUUUACUCAAGCUUUAACACUUGUUUAAUGUCAUAAGCAUGAUAAUCUAUGUGCAUAAUGAACUCUUCAAUGUCAUAUUCCUCUUGAAUAUAUUGUUUUUCUGUAGCAGUGGUGAUUUGCUCGCUCGCAUUCCAUUUAUAGCUUUCUGUUGCUGACAGAGACGGGCUGCAGACCCUCUUCUACGUGUACGUGUGCUCUUGCCAGAGUUCAGCUGUGAAAUCUGCAGGAAUACAAAAUGUCCCUUUUGAAGCCUUGUGACUGCUUUGUGGGUACGGCACCUAUAGGGCUGAGCAGGAAUGAGCCCAGAGUGCUCUGCUAGCAUGCAUGGUUAUAUAACCGCUAGCCCCGGCGUGACACACUUGAGCGCUGCAGCCCGUUCAUGUGCACGCACACAUGAUCUGGCUGUUUCCAGGCAUUGAAAGUGUUUCAUCAAACUUGUUUUGACACCAAUUGUUGGGAUUGAGACUACACAAUCUAAUGCAUCCGUCUCACUUCUGAACACAAGAGGCUCUUGUUGGCUCCUGCAGCUUCCUGUGCACCCUGCAGUGGAGAAGAGCAGUCAGUGACCAGACCUGCGGGGGAUGUCUGCCUUCGUUCAGAGUGAUGGAUGUAGGGAGGGGGGUGCCUACACUACAGAGAGCGCAGAGGUACAUGCUGGGCCGGGGGGUGAAACGUAAGCUGAGCACAUGUGAGGACCCUGCCCUGGACUUGCCAUAUCCUCAGCAGAGGCAGCUGGUGCUGGACUUGUGUCUAGACAAGCUACAAAGCUGCCAGCGACGAGCUGAACCCAGUCUGCACCGUUCAGUCCUGCUGGCCAACACCCUCCGCCAGAUUCAGCAGGAAAUGAGACAGGAGGGGGAAACCUGUUUGCCACCUGCCGUGCUCGGCCCCUCACUCCCUCACGUCUCCACCCCACGCCACUUCCCUGACCUGCCACCUGUGCCCUUAGACUGUCCUCCACCUCUAACUGGAGCACUGUCCCCUUCAUUCCCCCUCACAAUGGCUGAGGAUGAGGAGGUCCAGUUUGGUGGUGGCGUAAAUGAGACUCUCUUGCCAUCCCUUUCUGGUGAGGACGACACAAGGUCAUCAGAUUCACUCUUUGGCUCAUUUGAGAUUACUAAUUCCACCAGCUACUUGACAGACCUGGCUUUGGAUGACAUAUUUGAUGACAUUGACACGUCGAUGUAUGACUCCUCUGACAUUUCUGUCCUGGCGUUUCCGGUGCAGAGAAGCAGCAAGGUGGACGACGACCUCAAGAACCUUUCCUCCUGCACCUCCAACAACAGCCUACAGCUCUGUCUCUCAGACAUCAACGACCUGGACCACAUCAUGGAGAUCCUUGUGCGCUCCUGAAUCACGACUCACAUCACAGUGUCCUCAUUCAGCCGUCCCAGUGUUUUCUAUGGGAAAUGAAUAAUUCUUUUUUUAAAAACAACAAAUAUUUUGUCUAUUUUUAUACAAAGGACUGAUAUAUUUAUAUAUGUAAAAAGGAAACUGCCUGACACACUCCCACUGUAGGAUAAAUGCACAUUUUUAAGACUUUUUCAGAUGGUCGAGCUUAAGCUGCCGUCCUUCAUAUUUAAGCAAACUAAGAUAUGAAUGUGCAGGGACUUCGGAAACAAAUACAAAGUAUUACCAUUGACGCUUAUUUAUAUUGGAUAGUUGUAUUUAAAAGAAGAUGGAAGAAAAGUGGUUCGUUAUGGACGCUCCGUAGCUUUUGAUGAGCUAAAAGACAUUUAUUUUUUGUGAACUUCACCGUAUUCUGAAGCAUUACAUUUAACUGUCAGUAAUUCUGAUUAUCAGAUCAUGUCAUGCACAUGCAGCACUCACACUACCUCUCAAGAUACCAAGAGCUCUUUCUCUAUACAAAGACUGUCAUUGUUACAACUGUAUUUUAACGGUUUCUCUCCAAUAACUUUCAAAACUGCUGAUUGUUUUAUAUCUGGCUCUCUGUUCACAGGGACGCCUCUCCUCAAGUGUUAAGAUUCAGUCCAAAGUUAUAUAGCUGUAGAAGAAAGGCUUUAGUCUCGAUCUUUUUCAAAAUGUUAUUUUCGCAACUUUUCUGACUUUGGUUUCAGAAGGAGCCAUUGCUUACAUAAAAAGUGAUCUGUAUUUUCGAAUCACUUGCAAUUUAAUGCUAUUUCUACUUUUCACGUACAUGAUUGUCAGACACACAGCCGCCGUCGAAUUCCUCGUAUGAACAUAGUGCCUACAACGGAGAAUGAAGACUGCCGACGAUGAACUGCACACUGUGGACCCGCACAUAGACUUGCCCGAGUUUCCUGCUCUAUGCCCAUGAUGCUCUCUAAGUGUGUUGUUUGCCACUUUUUUUGAGCAUUUAGCAUGGUCCUCUGUCCUCUAAAGAAGCCAUUACCUGAAUGUGGGUCCACAUCUCUUUGCUCUCGCAUUGUGAUUUACACUGUAAAAAAACUAAUUGUGGAUGUCUAUGGUUGCCUCUCAUGCUGUGGUCUCAAAGACUAUUUCUGAAUGUCCAAACUUACUCCAGUGGAGCAGAGAUUAAUCUAUUCUGAUGUCUUACAUGCUUACUUUUCCCUUCAUCACAAGCUUUUAGGCAUUUUUUUUUUUUUUUUACUACAACUUGGUUAUUAGUUACUACGUAAACUUGUGAAAUGGUAGACCAGAGCAAGGCUCUUAGUUUUUUGACUAACAGUAUUAACAUUCACCAAACAUCAAGUUGCUGCAGUCGAAUGCGAAAGGGCCACAAGCUGCUGUCUCCAUUAAGACUGGGCAGAAACAGGGGGAAGGGAAGAACCAGAGAAUGAGAUUAGGGGGUGGGGGGGGGGUUAAAGCAAACCGCUCCUGUCACGUGGAGAGCUGUGCUAGUGGUGAACGCUACACUGAGAGUUUGACAACAGUUGGACUAUGUGUGCGCUCACAGCAAACUCCACCCCCAGUGAGGCCCCGAGGGGCUUUGAUGUCCUCCCGACCAAUCGUUUCUGUUUAAGGGAGGAGCUUCGUUCUCUCUCUGCUUUAUGUGGAAUAGAAUAACAAGUGGAAGUGGUUCAAUUUGGUCUGUUAGCUCAUGGUGGAAUGUCUUCCCUUGCCCUAUGGAUAGCUCACUUUGAUCAUUAGUGGCUUAAGACAUUUUACGGUCUGAAUUUGAGUUAAAUUUAGACAUUCCAGCAAAAAUACAUGAGAUAUUUCUAUAAUAAUAAUAAUUAUAAAAAGAUCAUUAUAGAGUUUGAGGUUGCAGCAGGAAAGGCCUUUCGUUUUUUGGUUGAAAGUGCUGCGCUCGUCCACCUUUAAACUCAGGCUUGCAGACACCCCACCCUGCCUUUCCCGCUCACAAAACCUGACACUAAAGACGUUUACACUCAGAUUUUAGGAAACAUGAGAUAAACCAGAAAGACACUUUAUGAUGAGACCAUUGGCAUUGACUCAGCGACCUGUUUUUAAUGCUGAAAGCUUUUUAAGCUUUGUAAGCUUGAUCAGUUUGUUUCUUUAGCUUUUUGUGUUGUGUACAGACAUUUGUAUUUAUAUAUUUUACUUGUGUUUUGAUGUUUGUUUUGUUAUUGUUGACUGAAGAUCAUGACAUAAUAUAUUGCUUUUAUUUAAGAGUGAGAUAUAAUCAGUAGACUUCGGCCUUUUGGAGGUUUUAUUUGUUUUAUGAAAUGUGAUUUGUACUUCACCUCCUCUUCUUAGUAAUAAUGAACAUUUAACAUGAAGAUUUAUGAGAGCUGUUUAUCCAUGAAAUUAUUUGUAAAUAUGUCUAUCUGUGCUAACUCUGAACUGAAAGACGAUUGGAUCUUCACAGUGUGUUCACUUCCCUUUGGACCAGGUGGUUAUUUAGGCAGCUUUUUAAACAGUUUUUAUGCUAAAGUGGUGAAUGAAGAGCGUUUUCAGUUGUCGGCCUCAUUUAAAUGUAAUGUGUCCCCUUGCUUGAAUUUCAGUCUUUUGAAGGACAUUAAUUUCACAAUAAUCAGCCCCAGGAGCUUCUGGUUCUAAACUAAUGUUCGUUAAGCUUUAGUCUAGAAGCUUGUAUUGCUGUGCACUGAGCAGCAGUGUAAAGUGGUUUACACUUUGUCAAACUGAUGAACAGAUUAUUUAAAUAGUAAUGUGUCAAAUAAUAAGUGUGUUACAUUUGAUGUACUAGUUGCACAGACAAUACAAAAAGCAGCAAGAGUUUGUAUUAUCAUGGACCUUCUCAUUAAUUGGUUGUGAGGCACAAAACAGGAAGCUUUAAACAUCACCUCAUCUUGUUAAUCUGGCAAUUAAAAAAAACAAAAACUUUUUUUAUUAUCCUAAUAAAAUUGUAAUAUCAGAAACCUCAAAAUGUCACUUUGUUCCAAGUGCAAUAUGAAAAUAGGAACAUGCGCUGUCUUGCAUAAUAGCAAAUGACACAAUGUAGUAUGCCUGUAUACCUUUUAAUAAAUGGCUAGAUGUUUUUAUUUUAUUUUAUUUUUUCUAACGACGAUUUUAAACCUUACAUUUUUUUUCUUUCCCUAGAAACUGUCCUUUGAUCUGUUUUGAAAGCAGAUUUUUGUGAUGUAUGUAAAUAAUAAAGCAUUUUCUUCUGCAGUCAUAUUCUAUGCAAUACAUUGUAGCAGGUCAGUAUCUCUAAUAAAAAAUAGAAAUGAAAAA